AUGAAUCAUUAUAAUUAUGAUUCACAAAGUACUGUGGAAUUACCUCAAGAUACCGACUUAAAUAAUACAAAUGAUGAUUUUGCGCAGGAUGAUCUUGAACAGGAUAUAUUACAAAACAAAAUUCAAAGAAUUUUAUUAGAUUUUCUGAUAGAUUUACAUGCAAAUAGUCAUAUGACAAAAGAAGAUAUCAACGGAAUCCUUAAUAAAAUUAAGAAGGACAUAGUUGAUCCAAUAAUUUCAUUGACUAAUAUUAAUCAGAGUGAUGAAAAGAUGAUUGAUGCAGCCUUCAAAAGAUUUAACACGCAGUAUAAAUUUGAGCAGUGUCUUUUGGAAAAUGGAUACAUAAUUAAUGGUGAUGAUAUUGUGGUGACAAAUAAAAUUGGAAACAUUUAUAAAAAAGGAGCAUCAGUUCUAGGAAAUAUAAAAGAAAAAGUAUGCUUAAUGCCUAUAAAGUUCAUGUUUAAAAAGUUGUUCGAGCUUCCAGAUAUAUUAAAUACCGUUUUGGACAACAUGAAAAUAAUACAAGAACAAAAUGAAAUUAAAAAUAUUUUGAAUGGUAACCAAUGGAAACAAAUAGUAGAAAAUUAUCCCGAAAAUUCCAUAAUUAUUCCUCUGGACUUAUAUACUGAUGAUUUUGAGACCGGAAAUGCAUUGGGCAGCAAUGCGGGCACGCAUAAAAUAACAGCUUAUUAUUUUUCGAUUCCAACAUUCCCACAGCAUUUGCUGUCAGGUACAGAUUAUAUAUUUGAGGCGCUCCUUCAUCCUUCUCAUUUGAAAUACGACGAACAUAAAUUUUGCAUGGAAAGUUUACUUGCAAUUUUAAAGGAGUUAGAAGACGAUGGAUUAACAAUUGAACUUGAAGGUACUAAAUUAACAAUUUAUUUUGCAUUGGCAAGAAUCAUUGGAGACAAUUUGGGUUUGAAUGAAAUAUUAGGAUUUUCUACAAGUUUCAAUGCAAUGAAAUACUGUCGGAUAUGUACUUUAAGUAAAAAUCAAACAAAACAAAACAUCCAUCCGUCUAAAGAAGAUUUAAGAACAAUCAAAGGGUACGAAAUGGACUUAUUAAAAAAUGAUUUGAAAGAAACAGGAAUAAGAACCGAAUGCUUAUUUAAUGAACUGAGAAAUUUUCAUUGCACCCAAAAUGCAGUUUGUGAUUUAAUGCACGACCUGUUUGAAGGAAUAGUAAAAUGUGAUGUGCCAAUGAUAUUAAAAAAAUUCGUAGAUGAUAAGGAGAUACCAGAAAUCAGUCUUGACGUAAUUAAUAAUAUUAAGCAAAAUUUUAAUUACGGUACGAUUGAGAUUGGUAAUUUAAGUUUACCAAUAUCAGAUUAUCACCUUAAAAACCACACAUUAAAGAUGAGUGCAAGCGAGGUAAAGACUUUUCUUUAUUUUCUCCCUUUAAUGCUCGGCCCAAUGAUACCCUCAAAUAAUAAGUAUUGGUUACUUCUUCUUUUAUUGGUUGAUAUUGCUGAUAUUGCUUUAUCUGCAUCUUUCAAUGAAACUUUACUAAACAAACUGAAAACUUCCAUCGAGCAAUAUACUUCGUUAUAUAAAGAGUUAUUUGGAAAUAUUCUCAAGCCAAAGCAUCACUUUAUUACUCAUUAUAUUCAUUGCAUUGAGUAUAACGGUCCGUUAAGAUUUAUGAUGACCUUUGCAUAUGAAUCAAAAAACAGAAUAGUUAAAAAUUAUGCAUAUGUUUGUAAACAGCGUAAAAACUUGGCGAAAUCACUUAGCUACAAAUCUGCAAUGAGAUUUAAUCAUCUAGUUCGGACGCAUCAACAAGGUUUCAUGAAAACCACAAAUCAUGAAGAUUUAAGAUUAAUAACACAUGAAAAGCUUUGUAAAAAACCAUAUUUCAGUUGUUUAAACAUAUCUAAUCUGCAAGAACAACAAACUUUUAUCUGUUCAAAAAUUUGCCACAAAAAAACUUAUUAUGAAAAAGGAUAUUUUAUUGUCGAUGAUAUUAUCAAUCCAGCAAAAUUAUGGAAAAUCCAUGAAAUUAUUUUUGUAUUAAAUGACUUUUACUUUAUUUUAGAAAAUUAUUGCAUAGAAAAGUAUGUAAAUCAUUUGAAAAGCUAUAAAGUAGGCAAUUCUAUCGAUACAUUUGAUAUGAUUAAUUUAAACCAUGUAAUUUCACUUCCAUUUAAUCUACAAAAAAUUUCAAAUGGUGAAUUAUACUUCCGCAUUAAACAAAUUUAA